AUGUAUACCAAGAUGAUAUCCAAUAAAUUUUGCAUACUGAAUUCAAAACUGGGAAGAUUUGUGUUACUAUCAGUAUCAUUAUUAAUUUUAUUAAUUGUAUUAACGAAAAGUAACGAUAGACAUGUUUUUUAUUUGAAACCUUUCUACCAAACAGAUUUUCGUUUAAAUCACCUAAACAAAUAUUUAUCGCAUCAUUUUGAUGAUAUGGAAAUACGACCUGUAACUCAUGGUCCAUAUUCACCCAUAGAUUAUAUUCCUGAAUAUGAUAGAUUGGUUGCUUUAGAGAGAAAAUCCACGUGGAAUCCAUUUGAAAGAUUAAAAUUUCACGAUUUUAAUGAAUUGUUGCUACAGGAUAGAUGCAAUUUUUACUUUCGUGAAUUGUAUAAUUUGAACACUGAUUGGUCAAAUGAUUAUCAUAGGUUAAAAUUUGAUAUUUAUGAGGAGACUGACUUCAAGCAGGAAAAUUUAGGGGACAAUCAACUUUUAAAUGAUAAAGAGAUAAUUAGAAUAUUUAAUAAGAAAAAUGACGUAAAAUUGGCAUUACAAAGAUUAAGAAUUUAUGAUAGAUGCUUUAUUCAGAAUGAUAAUCUAGAUAUUAGAGGCAUAUUUAAUGAUUCAAUAAUUCCCUCAAAAAAUAUUCAACAAAAGAAACAUAUCAAAAGGGACUUACAAGAGCGGGCGUUAAAUAAAAGAGAUAUGAUUAAUAAAGAUAAUUAUAAGGAGUUUGACAUAUGGGACUUUGAAAAAAGAAUGUUUCCUUUCCUUAAAAAAUUUGAUGAGAAAUCUAUAAAAGAAUUUAUACCUAAUAUAAUAUAUGGAUCGAAAACCCUUCCAAGGGGUAAAAUUCCAAUCUUAACUGAUGAUACAAGGUUGAAAGCAAAAUUGUCUGAUUUUACAUAUGAUCCUUCAAAAUCCUUCUGGUCAAAUUGGAAUUUUAUGAGCCACAAUAUUGCACGCCGUGGCAUUUCUAUGUGCAUUGGUGAUGGGCAGUUAAAAUUAGCUCUAAAAUUAAUCACAACUUUGAGAUAUUCAGGAAAUACCUUACCUAUUCAAAUUAUUAUGAAAAAGGGUGAAUUAAGCAAAGGUAGCAUUGAAAAAUUAAUUUUUGCUGCACAAGGUAAUAAUUUUAAAUUCCGUAUAGAUAAAGAUGAAUACAAACCAGCCAGUUCUUAUAUGCCUCAAGAGAUUUUGUUUACAGACAUUACAGACCUACUUGAUCCUGAGUUCUUGAAUGAUUUUCAAUGGUUCAAGAAUAAAUGGCUGGCAUCAAUUUUUAAUGUUUUUGAAGAAAAUAUAUUUUUGGAUGCAGAUGUUGUACCCUAUGUCGAUUUAAAUUUUUUCUUUAACACUAAAGAGUAUAAUGAAACUGGUACUAUUUUUUUUAAAGAUCGUUCGUUUGAACAAAUUAAUACUGAAAAAUGCGAUGCUUUUCUUGAAUCUAUUAACCCACUAUUACCUGAGGGAAAAUAUUUCGAUAACCACCCUUACAUUGAUACGGAAUAUGUAUCAUCGGAAUGUGAAUAUCUACUAAAUCCUACCGAAGCAGUUUAUAAGAAUUUUUUUAUCAAUCGGAAUCAACAUCAAAUGGAGGCAGGCCUUUACGCAGUAGAUAUGAGGAGUCACAUAAUCCCACUUAUUGUAGGUAUGACACUACAUAUGCUACCUGUGGCUACAUGCAGUUACGGUGAUAAGGAGUUCUUUUGGCUAGGUUUUUUAGCAUCUGGACACUCAUACGCUUUCCAUCCAAUGAAUGUAGCAACUGUGGGAUAUUAUAAACAGUUACACAAUACAGGAGAUAAAAUAGUUGAUAAGGUAUGUUCUACUCAAAUUGCUCAUAUGGAUACCGAUUAUCGUAUGUUGUGGACAAAUGCAGGUGCAUCUGUCUGUAAAAAACCUGAAGAUUCCCAAGUGGAUUGGGAGCGUAAAGGGUCGAAGUGGCCAAAAGAUGUUUGUAAUAGUGCUAAGGAGAUCGAAGAUUAUUAUAAUUCUCCAGUAGAUCCUCGGUGGGCUAUGGUUUCAAAAGGGGAAAGUUCUGGGUGGGAGAGAUUAAGUGACAGUUGUCAAGGGUAUAUGUGGUGUGCAUUUCGUCAGAAAUCUCGUAAAGAAUUUAGUUAUGAUGAAUAUACUGAAAAAGGUCAUCUUGUAGAAUAUACUGGAGAAGAAUAUGAGCAUAUCAAAACUAUUAAUUUUGUGUGGAGUUACUUAGAAGAAGGAAUGAUUGGAAAAGUUGAGUUACAAGAAUAA